AUGCACUCAUUAUUAUUACGCCUUGUCUUGUUCACCGUAUUCCUUCUGUCAACAACACGCCAAACUUACGCGGCCCAUCUCCAGUUCCAAGACUGCCAGGGUCGGAAUCCGUCUUCAACUAUCACCUUUGAAGACCACUUCGUACCAAAUUCUCUCAACGCGUACCUGGAGAAGCAAAAUGAUGAGACUCAUCUCAGUUUUCAGCUGUUAGCCAAUUACCAGACAUUAGCGGCUUGUGAGGCAGCCUUGGUCGACAACGCUUCUGUCGAAUUGAGUUUAGGGGCUGUUGGUGGCACGAGGCGUUAUAACAGCGACCACCAGAAUGUGACUUGCAAGACAAAGAAGUACAAGCAGAUCAACCUGGUAGUUCAUCUGCAAGUCCUAGAUGUUUUGUUCAAGAUUGAUGAUCCUGCGCCGCUGGCGGCUUACACGGUGGAACUCAACAUCGACGGCCCGGAGCACUUCUCAGUCGCGUGCCUUCGGUCCUUCUUGACGCCUGAUAUCGGUUCGACGUUCCAGGGGAUCUCGUUUUGGGGUCCGACUUUGAUCUUUAUUUUGGUCAUUCUCGUUGCUGGAUGGCGAGAGUGGUAUAAUUUGGUGCAUCCGCUUGGCGAUGAUGAAGAAAAUGGCACAGACAGAAGUCCAGACAGGUCUCACCUGACAAGAAUCGCCGAUUGUCUUCUCUACUUUCAGUUCAUCUUCUUCUCGAGCACUCUCACCCUUUACCAGCCUGGGUUUUUGCAACCUGUCGUUACCGGAAUCAGCUGGUCGACUCUCAUGUUUCGCAAGGGUAUUUUAUGGAGGGAAUCGCAUUACUAUGGUAUUCACAAUGGCAUCCACGAGAUCAACGGUACUUUUGGAGGAACGUCGGGUCUUGAACAUAUGACCCAGGUCAUGGCUGCACCUGUCACAGUUCACACCUGGGCCAAUAUCGUCGGCCUCGCUUUUGUCAUCCUCGUUGGUCUUUACAGCAUCCUUCAAAUCGGCCUACGUGUCAAAUGGACGCGAGACUGGUUCAAUCGGUCGGGGACAUUGACUCUCGAAAGCUCCACGCUUGAACGACAGAAAGCCACCAUCUGGGUUGCUCUACGGGUGUUUCUCAGCUACCUCUUGUUCCCACUGACGGCAUGGACGACAUACCAACUCGACAGCGCGACCGCACGACCUGUAUACUACACUUGUCUCGUAAUUUCGAUCGUCGCUCUUCUCAUCAUUGCAAGCUGGUGGGGAUUAGCAUCGAGGAGUCCGCAGAACAUGGGUUAUCUACUCAUCGACGACAUCCACAUGCAAGACGACGACGGAGAGCCUUCUCGCACGCAAGAUCACUACACCCUCGUUACUUUUAUACUUUUGUUCGCACGCGGAGUUAUCGUGGGUGGAUUGCAGCGUUUUGGCAUCGCACAAGUGUGCUCUCUAAUUGCAUGCGAACUCAUACAGCUUUGUUUUCUGGCAUGGGCCACAGCUGCGCCUGGGCUACUCUCCAAACCCAUUUUCAUGGCGAGUGCACGACUUACCGUUCUUCUUCUCUGCCUGGGGAUGAUUCCUCAAAUCUGGAGUCACAUUGCAGCGAGUGUACUUGGUUAUAUCAUCCUGAUCUUUCACACCAUUUUCAUUAUCGGCAUGUUUCUGAUACCUACGGCGUUGGAAUUUGGACGACUUGCUGUAACUAGUUAUAAUGAAUGGAAGAGUACUCCGCCUCCCGAGGCCUCACGGCCUCAGGUCUAUGGUCUUCGGCAACUGAGGAGACGUCCCACAAAUAGGACGAACCUCUCGGAAAGAGGCAUAGUCGACUACAGAAGCAGUUUAUCGUAUUCAGAACAUUCUUCCACCACUCAAUCGUCGUCCAACACGUCAUCUAACCGAGACUCGGAUCCUGUAUCACCUGAACUUCUCCGAACAUAUUUCCGCUCUCCGCGACCCGAGCGAUCCAUAUCAAGUCUUUCCGACAGAAACGGACAGUUCCCCUCUUUCGAAAUCGCACGACCCAAACGAUCUAUCUCGAACCACUCAGAGAGGAAUCCCAGGUCCACAUCUAGCUUGUCUAGCAGGAGCCGGCAGUUCCCAUCACUUGACAGGCCCGAAACCGUGUAUGAGAAUCCACACGAGAGGACUUCCGAGGGAUCUAGUAGAAGUCAUGAUAGUGGCGAUUUGGCAGAACCCCCGUCGCCGUGGGAGAUGGUGUUGCCUUUGGCCACAGACGUGGAUUAUUCGGUGCGGGAGAUAGAUAGAUAUUAUGUCAGACCGCGACAAGUAUCGUUUGGGAAUUCUGGUAAUGAUUCUGAUGGAUCGACUGGUCAGGUGUCGGGAUGGGUUAAUAAGCUCAGGUUCUGGUCAUGA